AUGGCUGGCGUCCGUGGGUUUUCAGACCCAAAUGUUCAGGUCAAUCCGAACGGAAAAUCGGUGUGGUAUCAACAUGUCAACAGCAGCUUGACGAAUGAUACCGACUACCUCUUGCCGUGGUACCUCAACUACCUCGGCGGUCACUGGUUAAAUGCCACGCAGUGCAUGGAUGCUGGCUCGAAUGGAUACGAAGAGAACCAUCUCGCAUACAACUUUGGGUUGAACGACCAUUGGGCUUUGAACAACACACCCUGGAGCUGGGGUUACUACAAACGAAGCGAUUUACCCGUUCAAUUCGCCCUCGCAGAAGGCUGGACAGUUGGUGACAUGUACCAAGAAAGUGUUAUCGCUUCGACCAACCCCAACCGCGUCACCUGGGUCAGUGGAUCAAUCAAUGUUCCAGGGUCUCCUCAAAAAGCAGACCAAGGUGGCGUUUAUAUUGAUAACCACGAAGUGCCUGGUUGCGAGUCACCAGGUCUCAACUGUUACCCUUUGUCCUGGACAACCUGCCCAGAGGUAUAUCAAAAGCAGGGCGUGACGUGGCAGGUCUUCCAGGACUCUGACAAUUUCGAUGACAACCCACUGGCAUGGUUCAAACAAUUUCAAGAAGCCAAAAAUGGCACCGUCCUGCAAGAACGAGGCAUGUCCUACCUCGGCCUACAGGACUUUUAUGACCGAGCGGCCAACGGCACUCUGCCCAUGGUUUCCUACAUUAUUGGCCCGACUGAACUGUCAGAACAUCCUCCUUACUCUCCUCACGACGGAGCCUGGCUCCAACAGCAGGUGGUGGAUGCUGUGACAAAAGGUAAACACUGGAACAGCACCGCUUUGAUCAUCAGCUACGACGAAACAGGUGGCUGGGGCGAUCAUGUUUCCCCUUACCACUCUCCCAACGGAACUGCGGGAGAAUGGCUCGAAGAUCCGUACGGACUCUUCGGGUACACCUUCUCCGGUCCCGGAUUCCGCCUGCCGUUCUACAUCAUCUCUCCCUGGACCCGAGGCGGGCACGUCUUUACGGAAAAAGCCGACCACAAUUCUCAAAUCAUGUUUGUGGAGAAAUGGUUGGCCGCAAAGGGUUACGAUGCAGUGACUGACCAAAUCCCGGCGUGGCGUCGAGCACACAUGUCCGACUUGACCGCCGCGUUUGACUUUUCUUCGCCAGACACUUCCAUCCCCUCGAUCCCCUCGGCCCCUGCUCCCCAUUUGGACAAGAAUGGCAUCUGGGACGGAGCGUCUUAUUGCGAAGCUCAAUACGCUGUCCAGCGUCCACCUGUCCCUUACGCGAACCAAACCGAAGACAAAUCGCUCAUCUCAGAAAGGGGGUUCAAGGCAGUCCGCGGGUACCUCACGGAAGGGCGGUUCUUGACCUUUGAGGCCUCUGGUUACGCAUUGGCGAACACGGGCGAGCAAGCAAUGACGAUCUCGACCACAAAGGCCACAACUUCCCACUCGGACAUGGCGCAGCGUUGGGUCAUUCACGAGACGGCCACAGACAGUCGCCUCUUCACCAUCAGCAGUGCCGUGGACGGGAGAUAUAUCGGCCCUCAGAUGAAGCUGGUGAUGGCCAAGAAUGAUGCGCUCGCGCACAACAUUACCUACCUCGGUGGUGGGAAGGGGUACAACCUGGUCAACAGCAACGGAAAAUACAUCACCAUUGACAAGAAUGGAAAUGUUGUGAUGGCCAUGUCUGGAGGACAACAGGGAUUCUCAAUCUAUAGUGUAACUUAG